AUGUCCCUCUCAGUGCGCACCUCUGGGCUCUCCCGGCGGCCAUCUUCCCAGAGUGGGACAUCGGGCAGAGCCAGGGGCACGUCCGCUUCCAUCGUUGGAAGUAGCUAUGGGGGGAGCACCUUUGGCUUUGGAGACAGCUAUGGGGGAGGCUUUUCUUCUGCUUCCAUGUUUGGUUCUAGUUCUGGCUUUGGUGGUGGCUCUGGAAUUUCCUUUGCAGGAGGACUGGGCAGUGCUUAUGGGGGAGCCCUGGGAGGUGGUUCUGGAGCCCUGGGAGGUGGCUUUGGAAGCCUAGGAAGUGGCUUUGGAGGCCUGGGAGGUGGCUUUGGAGGCCUGGGAAUUGGAUUUGGAGGAAGCCCCGGAAGUGGCCCUGGAGGCAUUCUCUCUGGCAAUGAUGGAGGCCUUCUUUCUGGAUCAGAAAAGGAAACCAUGCAAAAUCUUAAUGACAGAUUGGCCUCCUACCUGGAUAAGGUUCGAGCUCUAGAAGAGGCUAAUACUGAGCUAGAAAACAAAAUUCGAGAAUGGUAUGAAACACGAGGAUCUGGGACUGGAGACCCCGGGUCGCAGAGUGAUUACAGUAAAUAUUACCCAUUGAUCGAAGACCUCAGGAAUAAGAUCAUUUCUGCCACCAUUGGAAAUGCCCAGCUCAUCCUGCAGAUUGACAACGCGAGACUGGCUGCCGAAGACUUCAGAAUGAAGUAUGAGAACGAGCUGGCCCUGCGGGUGAGUGUGGAGGCCGACACCAACGGCCUGCGCAGGGUGCUGGACGAGCUGACCCUGGCCAGGGCCGACCUGGAGAUGCAGAUCGAGAACCUCAAGGAGGAGCUGGCCUACCUGAAGAAGAAUCAUGAAGAGGAGCUCCAAACCUUCCUGGCAGGCGGCCCGGGGCAGGUCAGCGUGGAAAUGGACGCUGCUCCGGGGCUGGACCUCACCAGGCUCCUCAACGACAUGAGGGCGCAGUACGAAGCCAUCGCUGAGCAGAAUCGUAAGGACGCGGAGGCCUGGUUCGUUGAAAAGAGCGGGGAGCUAAGGAAGGAGAUCAGCAUCAACACGGAGCAGCUUCAGUCCAGCAAGAGCGAGGUCACCGACCUGAGGCGCGCAGUUCAAAACCUGGAGAUCGAGCUCCAGUCCCAGCUGGCCACGAAGAAAUCCCUGGAGGACUCGCUGGCGGAAGUGGAGGGCGACUACUGCGGCCAGCUGUCGCAGGUGCAGCAGCUCAUCGGCAGCCUGGAGGAGCAGCUGCUCCAGGUGCGCGCCGACGCCGAGCGCCAGAACGCCGACCACCAGCGGCUGCUGAACGCCAAGGCCCGCCUGGAGCUGGAGAUCGAGACCUACCGCCGCCUGCUGGACGGCGAGGCCCAAGGCGACGGUUUUGAUGAAAGUUUAUAUGUGACAGACUCCAAAUCUCAAACACAGUCGAUCGAUUCCUCUAAAGAUCCAACCAAAUCCCGGAAAAUCAAGACAAUUGUGCAGGAAGUGGUGAAUGGUGAAGUGGUCUCAUCUCAAGUUCAGGAAGAACUAAUAUAA